CUUGAAAAUGGGAACUGAAGAGAUUCACAAUAUUAAAGACACGAUGGCCCCGAUGGAAGCUGUCGAGGUUGUAGACCCUGCGGUCAUUAAUAAACUUCCGCCCGGGACCCGAGUGAUCAAGAUCGCCACCCACGGCAGCAGUUUCUGGACGCGGACAGCUCGCAUAGAUGUAGAGCAACAGGAUGGGACUCCCAAAGCAUAUUUUCUCAAGACAUCCCACAGCGCCCACGGCAAAGCCAUGCUCGCCAGCGAAUUCACUAGUAUGGCCCACCUCAGCGCCGUGAUGCCGGACCUCGCGCCCGCGCCCCUCGCCUGGGGCACCUACGCCGGCACCACCACCACCACCCCUCCCGACAUCCACUUCCUGCUCUGCGAGUUCCGCGCCAUGACCGGCGAGACCCCUCGCGCCGAGGUGCUCGCGAGACAGGUCGCGGAGCUGCACUUGCGGAGUAUUGUUGCUGUUGCUGCUGGCGAUAGUGUUGAUGGUAGUGGUGGUGGGAGGAGGAGGUUCGGAUCCGACAUCCCGACUUUCCAUGGGAAUGUGCGCGUCGACCACGGCUGGGAGGAUUCGUGGGAGAGUUACUUUGCGAGGACUACGAGGGCGCUGUUUGAGCUUGAGCAGAAGGCGCGGGGCCCCAACGAAGAGAUCCAAUCCCUGAUAACGCCCUUCUUCGAAAAAGUGAUCCCGCGCCUCCUCCGACCCAUGGAAACGGGCGGCCGCUCCAUCAGCCCGUGCCUCGUACACGGGGACCUGUGGCACGGCAACGCGGAGACGGACGCGGAGACCGGGCGGCCCGUCAUCUUUGACGCGGCGUCCUUUUAUGCUCACAAUGAGUAUGACCUCGGUGUCUGGCGCCAACCGUGGAAUCGUAUCGACGGGACCUAUCGGACGGAAUACCACAAGCACUUCCCCCCGUCAGCGCCCCAGGAAGACUGUGAUGAUCGGAAUGCUUUGUAUGCAACCCGAGUCAACGUUCUCGACUCUAUAUUAUACAAGGACGAUCCCACUUACCGACAUAUGAUCAUAUCCGGUAUGCGCGAACUCGUCGACAAGUAUCCUGGUGGGUUUGAGGAGUGGGAAGCGAAAGGCUCGCAGAGCUAGGCUCAAGAGGCUUUGAUAGAUGGGUAGACAAACAUAUAUCUGACAUUUUAGAAGGAGCGAUAUUCUACUUACCUUGGUAGUUAGUGGUUAUUUUUAGAGUAGUAGAACGUGAAGCGAAUUUCGCUUAAGCUUAACAUAGGUACCGAAUACCUACCUAACCUAGUAGUAUGCCUACUAGGUAUAUAGACACGAUUAUUGAUUUCAUGGUGUAUGCCGAAAUACUACGUAUACUAGUAACCUCCCCCACGAUGAGUUCUUCCUUGACUCGAACCACCUAUCCACCAAACUAGGUUACUCCGUCUACUUGUGUAGUCUCGUGUCUUCUUCACCACUCACUCAUUCACUCGAUCAGGGGGAUCAGUCAGGGGUAAG